CGGAGGGCAGACAUUUGUGAACUCAAAGCAGAUUUGGAGAUUUGCAUGAGAGGAUGUUCCGUCUGUCUCUCCUCAAGAAUCCAUUGUCUUUCUUUAGCCUCAUUUAUAAUCUGUGAGUGUUGGUCUAACAUUUUAACCCAACACAGAACAGGAAAAUCUUUGCGGUCUUCUAAAAGAGUUUUUCGUUUUCGAGUUUUUGGACUCCUGUUUGCUGCCAUACAAAGAGGAAUCAUGUCGAUGGGUUUGGAAAUAGCGGGCAUUUCUCUUGGAUUCACUGGAUUCAUCGGUGCAAUCAUAAUAUGCGCCUUGCCUCAGUGGAGGACGUCGGCUUUCAUAGGAUCCAACAUUGUCACCGCUCAGGUCAUCUGGGAGGGCUUAUGGAUGAACUGUGUCACUCAGAGCACAGGCCAGAUGCAAUGCAAGAUGUAUGAUUCUAUGCUGGCGUUAUCUCCUGACCUGCAGGCCUCCAGAGCAAUGACAGUCGUAGCCAUUAUACUCGGAGUGCUAGGGGUGUUGAUCUCUAUUGUUGGAGCCAAGUGCACCAACUGCAUUGAAGAUGAAUCAGCAAAGGCCAAAGUGAUGAUCAUUUCUGGGAUCUUCUUCAUCCUUGCCGGACUUCUGGUCCUCAUCCCUGUCUCCUCGAGUGCGAACACCAUUAUCCGGGAUUUUUACAACCCACUAGUGGUAGAAGCGCUGAAGAGGGAGGUCGGAGCAUCGCUCUACAUUGGCUGGGGAGCAGCUGCCCUUCUUCUGAUUGGAGGGGCUUUGCUGUGCACCAGGUGUCCACCAAAAGAGGAGAAAUACAAGCCAAUAAGAAUGGCUUACUCUGCACCGGACAGCAUCACUACAGGUGAGGGAUUGUCAUGGUGCCUCUGUCAGACUCCUCCCCCCUACUCCUCUGCUCUCUCCGGACGUGACCAGCUGACUCCACUCAUCUCAUCAACAACCGCUUCUUAAGGAGAUCCACCACCAGUAUUCAACGCCAGUUCGUUGUUCCUCAAUGGGUAACUCGUCCUAGGGUACUUACCUGGUUUCCAUGGUCAACUCUGAUCCCACGUCAAGCCGCCUGCCUUCUGCCUCACCGCUCUGGAAAUCCUCCUGCCAAAUCCCUCCAGCCGCGCUGAACCUUCAAGCCAAGGACUCAAACUCAGUCCCUCGGACUCAUCCUGUCAAGCCUACGAACAACUACUACUUACCUAUAAUUAAAUCUCUCAUACUUACCUCUCGCCUCCUCAGUUUCUUCCGGGUUCCAGCAUCUGGGUCUGUCAAGUUAGACCAAUCAUGACAGGGAUGAAGCGUUGGCUGUCAAUGGAUGACAGACACCUAAUCGCAUUGGACUGUUGGAUCCACGAAGUCCAUUAAUGUCUGAGUUUAUAUCCUAGUUCAAAAAAUCAGAAAGU